GUUUGAGACAGAUAUCUGAAGGUCGAGUGGCGGCCCUUCUAUUGGCUGGCGGUCAGGGGACCAGACUUGGUGUCAAUUACCCGAAAGGCAUGUUCGACGUCGGCCUCCCCUCCCAUAAGACUUUAUACCAAUUACAAGGCGAACGUAUUCUUCGACUCGAGAAACUUGCGUAUGAUUUGACGGGAAAGAAGGGUUCAAUUCCCUGGUAUAUCAUGACCUCUGAAGCCACUAAAGAACCCACUCUUGAAUUUUUUAAGAAGAAUAACUAUUUUGGUUUAUCGGCUGAGAACGUGGUUGUUUUCGAACAAAGCACUUUCCCGUGCUUUCAAUUUGAUGGGCAAAUCAUUUUGGAGACGCCGUACAAAGUGUCGAGAGCUCCCGACGGCAACGGAGGUCUCUAUAACGCGCUCACAGAUCGCGGCAUUUUGGAUGACAUGCAAAAGCGAGGCAUUGAACACAUCCAAGUGUAUUGUGUGGACAAUAUUCUGGUGAAAGUAGCGGAUCCGACAUUCAUUGGCUAUUGUAUAUCGAAAGGGGCCGAAGCGGCGGCCAAAGUGGUACAAAAGGCGUUCCCAACCGAAGCCGUCGGCAUUAUAUGCAAAGUGAGAGGAAAAUACAAAGUCGUUGAAUACAGUGAAGUCUCGCUACAAACCGCUCAAAAGCGCAGUUCAAACGGAAGGCUCACUUUCGACGCCGGAAACAUUUGUAACCACUAUUUCACUUUGAAUUUCCUUAAAAAUAAUGUUUCUGGAAAAGAGCUGAUCCAUCACAUCGCGAAGAAGAAGAUUGCAUACAUCGACACAAACGGCAAAGAAGUGAAGCCCGAGAAACCCAAUGGAAUCAAACUCGAAAAAUUUGUGUUUGACGUCUUCGAGUUCACUGACAAAUUUGUUGUUUGGGAAGUAUUACGUGAAGACGAAUUCUCUCCGCUCAAGAAUGGCGAGGGCUCUGAUAAAGACAACGCCACUACCGCUCGCCUAUCCGUCUAUAAUCUUCACCAGAGGUUUGUGUUGAGCUCUGGCGGAAAGUUUGUGGACGAAAACGGAAAAGCGAUUCCUCUGAUUGCGAGUCCAGUCAAAGUUGAUUUGAAUGGCAAUAAUAACGGCUCUGACAUUAAUGAUAGCAAUAAUAAUAACCAUAAUGACGGUCAAGUGAUUUGCGAGAUAUCGCCGCUAAUCAGUUAUGACGGCGAAGGGCUCGACAAAUUGGUUUCCGGACAGCAAUUUCAAACACCACUAAUUCUUAAUGAUUCCGACGGACAACCCAUCAAAAUGAAAACGCAUGUCAUUAAACAGACUAAUGGCAACGCUAUUGGGGUUAAUGAUACGAAC